ACGUUUGCAUAGUGCAUGCCGGGUCUGGUCUGAAUUUACUGUCAGAUCAGAAUUUAGUAAAAGUAUAUUGGUUUUUGUUGAUACCCGUUUGGUGUCACAGUACUAAUGGAUCUGUUCUUAUACGAAUUUCAUUACAUUUCAUAGUUAGGUACUGUGACAAGUAAGUUCUUUAGGUAGUUACAAACCAAUUACAUUUCGAAAAUGCCGGGAGCCAUCGUUGAAAAUUUAAGUGGAAGGAAGCUCUUUGUUUUGGUGGCAAUUUUGUUAGUACUACAAGUUGCCUGCUUUUUGUUAGGUGGAUUAAUAGCACCCAGUCCAUCGAAUGCUAAUAGUCUUUUAGCCACUAAAUGUCAUGACAAAGGAAACAACACUGAUGCUUGGUUUUAUGUGAGAGGAAAGGGUCGAUGUACCCCUGUCAGUCUUGAACACUAUGAGUCAGACAGCCAUCUUCGACAUGCCAACGAGAUUGUCUUUGCUUUCCAGCUGCCUAAUCCACGUAACAAAGUAAUCUUGGACUACUCUCGUUGGCAGCAACAUUUGAUUGGGGUUCUACAGUUUGACAUAGCGUACCAUCCAAACACUGAAAUGGCUCCUCGCACUAUUAUCACUCUGGAUGCCAAAUUGGGCUAUAGAAACAAAGGUGAUGCAGACGGUGACUGGAAGUACUUCACUUCUUCUGUUGUUCAAAGAAUUUUGGACUGUUCAGUUGAAAAUACACGUGAAAGGUACUACUACAAUUGUUCAUUCAUCCCAUUGUUCGAGCUGGGCUCCCUGUUCCACGACUACUACUUGCUCAACAUUCGUCUGCCAGUGGACCAUGACAAGGGAAUGAAUCUUGGUCUGGGGCACAUCGAGGACAUUUGGCUUGUUGCAAUCAACCAAACAGGAGGGUUUACCAAAGUGUGGAUGUCAAUGAAACUGGUAUUCUUCCCAUCGAUAGUUGCCAUCAUGAUCUGGUUCUGGAACCGAGUACACCAGCUCACUCGAGCCCCUCUUCUGCUAGAGAACAUGCUGCUCUUCUUGGGCAGCACUCUUACUUUCCUCAAUAUGCCUCUGGAGCUGCUGACUUUGUUUUACGACCUGCCAUUCAUGCUACUGCUGAGCGACAUCCGAGAAGGCAUCUUCUACGCUGCACUCCUCUCAUUCUGGCUGGUCUUCGCUGGGGAGCAUCUCAUGAUUCAGGAGUCUCAGAAGAACCACCUACGAGGCUACUGGAAGCAUCUGAGCGGUGUUGCUAUUGGUUGUGUGUCACUCUUUGUGUUCGAUGUGUGCGAGAGAGGAGCCCAGUUGCGCAACCCCUUCUACUCCAUUUGGGUCACUGAUGUUGGAACUCACUUGGCUUUGACUUUCAUCAUCCUUGCGGGUAUAUCAGCUGGCAUGUACUUCCUGUUCCUGUCUUACAUGAUCUGGCAAGUUUUCUGCAACAUCAGCGCCAAACGAGCCUCUCUGCCAUCCAUGUCUUCUCUGCGCCGGCUCCACUACGAGGGCAUCAUCUACAGAUUUAAGUUUCUCAUGUUGGCUACCCUUCUCUGCGCUGCCAUGACUGUCAUUGGAUUCAUCCUCAAUGAGGUUUCAGAAGGAAGGUGGAAGUGGGAUGAAGAUCUGGACUUGGAGUACACUUCGGCUUUCUUCACUGGGGUUUAUGGAAUGUGGAAUAUUUACAUCUUUGCACUCAUCGUCCUGUACGCACCGUCUCACAAACAAUGGCCCUCCGAACAUGAUAUAUCAAAUAUAAAUGAUGAAAUCGAGUUUUCACGCCUGCCAACAGAUGCCAGUGAAAUUUCGGCAUUGACAACUUUUGUGAACAAGGCUUCUAUAGAUUAAAUUGAAGGUGUUGAAGUCGGAAUUGUAAGAUCACCUCUCUAAACUGCCUCAGAUGCUAGAAGAAUCUCUGCUUUUAACAAGACUUUAAGCAAAAUGAGUAAGAUAUUGAUUGUUCUUCUAGAUGUAUUUAUUAGUAGUUAGAUGUUGAUUUAUGUUGUAUGUGUAAAUUGUCUUGAUAAGUGAUAUUUCUUUAGCUACAGUAUUAUUAAUUUUGUGUUAGUUUUAGAAUUGCCAUCGUCAUAUGCUGUAACAAAAUAAGUCCAACAAAAUUUGUCCAAGUUGUUUAAAUAUGUUUUAACAAUGAGCGUAAAAUCUAAAACUUAUUUAUAUAAAAGGUAUGAUUCAGUUCUUUUUAUAAAUAUUGUUUUAAAUCAACAAAACCUGUACUGUCAUGUGUAAUGUAGGUGUGUAAUAGCUUAUUAUAUGUAAAUAAAUAUCCUUGUUUUGUUCCUAGGUAAAAUGUAUUCUUCAUAAGUGUUUAAGAAAAACUCUGGUGCCAAACUGUAAAUGUUAAGUCUCAUACUGGCUUGUCUCUUGAACUUAUAUAUUUUUCACCUUCGAUGUCAAUACAGUACUUUAUAUGUAUUAAAUUCUCGUGAUGUAGGUAUCAGAAGCAACAUAAAAAAUAUUGCACAAAGUU